AACUUUUAGAAAAUCAUUCAGGUUUAUGGCCUGUUCAAUAAAAGACGUGGUUCCAUCUCUAUUUUGCUUCUUUUACUUGUUAAUUUCAUCCACAGCAUCUAAAGAUAUCAAUCAGGAAUGCCGGGAAUUAAGAUGCGGUCGCCAUGGACCAUCCAUCCGUUUCCCCUUCAAACUUAAAGGUAUCCAUCCCGAUCACUGCGCCUAUCGUACUGGCUUUGAUCUGUCUUGCACCACAGAAAAUGAAACAGUGCUCGAACUGCCUGUUUCUGUGAAGCUAUUUGUUUCAAAGAUUGAUUACCAGUCACAAAUGCUUCAUUUAUAUGACCCGACUCGCAGCCUUCUGAAACGGCUUCAGUUCCUGAAUCUAUCCGGUUCUCCAUUUAGUUUUGUUUUCCGGCACUGGUACUCACCGUUUCAGGAUUAUUCAUUUUUCAAUUGUUCGAGAACAUUUCACCUAUGGGAGUCGAACCAAUACCCGGUCUUCCUCAGUGAAGCUGGCCAUCAAAUUGUUGCUCUUGAUUCUAGCAGUCCCAUAGAUGAGUCGCCUUCUCUGUUUGCUUGCACCAAGAUGUAUAACGUUUCUUCCUUUCCGCUACAUAUACUUUACAAAAAUCAUGAUAUUCAAUUUCGUUGGUCUUCACCAAAAUUGGAAUGCGGAAGCUGUAAGGAAGAAGGGAAGAUGUGUGGGUGGAAGAUGAACACCUCAGAACCUCAAACUUUGUGCUUCCCUAAACACAGAGACAGGGGGCCAUCAACAGGACAAGUAGCCACAGGUGUAGUUCUCAGCUCGUGUUUGCUUGCAAUAGUUGUUUUGGCACUCUAUGAAGCUUAUAUCUCAGACAAAUUGGACAGGGAGAACCAGAUAAGAAUAAAAAAGUUUAUGGAGGAUUACAAAGCUCUCAAGCCCACAAGAUUUUCCUACGCUGAUAUCAAGAGGAUCACAAAUCAAUUCAAGGAAGAACUGGGCCAAGGGUCUUAUGGAACUGUGUUCAAGGGAAAGCUGUCAAAUGAAAUUCUAGUCGCUGUUAAAGUCCUCAAUGAAACCAAAGGAAACGGAGAAGAAUUUAUUAAUGAAGUCGGAACAAUAGGAAAAAUCCACCACAUUAAUGUGGUUCGCUUGGUAGGCUUCUGUGCUGAUGGAUUUAGACGAGCUCUAGUCUAUGAGUUUCUGCCAAAUGGUUCCUUGCAAAAGUUCAUUGCUUCAGCUGACUCUAAGACCCUUUUUCUUGGCUGGGAAAAGCUGCAGGGUAUUGCCCUUGGUGUGGCCAAAGGACUCGAAUAUCUUCAUCGAGGCUGUGAUCAACGAAUCCUUCAUUUCGAUAUCAAACCUCACAACAUCUUGCUCGACCACAAUUUCAAUCCGAAAAUCUGUGACUUCGGUCUAUCUAAGAUGUGCUCCAAGGAUCAAAGCGCAGUGUCCAUGACAACAGCUCGAGGAACAAUAGGUUACAUUGCACCCGAGGUGUUCUCCAGGAAUUUCGGUAACGUGUCUUACAAGUCAGAUGUUUAUAGCUUUGGAAUGUUAUUGCUCGAAAUGGUAGGAGGCAGGAAAAACAUUGACGGUAAAGAUGAUAAUGCUGUGGAAGCCUACUACCCUGAUUGGAUCCAUAAUCUUUUAGAAGACGGAGAAGAUCUACGAAUCUCAAUCGAAGGAGAGGAACGCAGUAAAAUUGCCAAGAAACUAGCAACUGUAGGACUUUGGUGCAUCCAAUGGCACCCCGUGGAUCGUCCUUCCAUGGAAGUGGUGUUGCAAAUGUUGGAUGGGAAAGAAGAUAAUCUCAAAAUUCCACCAAAUUCUUUCGACUUUACAGGCACAAGACCGAAUGCUUCUAUGCCUGAAAGACGUCCACGCCAACAAGAGCUGGAUGUAAUUUCCGAAGUCCAUGAGGAAAUAGAAGAGAUCAAUGAUCUGCAAGGGAAAUGAAAGAGGUUUGGAAUUUGAAUGAGAUAGCGUUAGAAAUCACUUUUAAGAUCACCAUAAUGAUCUUGUUAUCAUAGUUCUAUUAUCAUGGAUGAUUUAAU